CUACUAGCCCCGGUAACUGGGCAGCUCGCGGGGGUCGGCGUGCGGGCUGAGCCAGCCGCGGGUGCCGACACUAUGAGCGUGGGCUUCAUUGGGGCUGGCCAGCUGGCCUUUGCCCUGGCCAAGGGCUUCACGGCAGCAGGUGUGGUGGCUGCCCACAGGAUAAUGGCCAGUUCCCCAGACAUGGACUUGACCACCGUCUCAGCACUCAGGAAGAUGGGGGUGAACCUGACGCCCCACAACAAGGAGACGGUGCAGCACGGUGAUGUGCUUUUCCUGGCGGUGAAGCCGCACAUCAUUCCCUUCAUCCUGGACGAGAUCGGCGCUGACAUCAAGGACCGGCACAUUCUGGUGUCCUGUGCUGCUGGUGUCACCAUCAGCUCCAUCGAGAAGAAGCUGAUGGCGUUCCAGCUGGCCCCCAAAGUCAUUCGCUGCAUGACCAACACUCCAGUGGUGGUGCGGGAAGGUGCUACCGUGUACGCCACGGGCACCCAUGCCAAGGUGGAGGACGGCCGGCUGCUGGAACAGCUCAUGAGCAGCGUGGGCUUCUGCACAGAGGUAGAGGAGGACUUGAUCGACGCUGUCACAGGGCUCAGUGGCAGCGGCCCUGCCUAUGCUUUCACCGCGCUGGAUGCCCUGGCUGAUGGUGGCGUGAAGAUGGGGCUCCCGCGGCGCCUGGCAGUCCGCCUCGGUGCCCAGGCCCUGCUGGGGGCCGCCAAGAUGCUCCUGGACUCAGAGCAGCACCCAGGCCAACUCAGGGACAACGUCUGCUCCCCGGGCGGGGCCACCAUCCAUGCUCUGCAUGUGCUGGAGAGUGGCGGCUUCCGCUCGCUCCUCAUCAACGCCGUGGAGGCCUCCUGCAUCCGCACACAGGAGCUGCAGUCCAUGGCUGACCAGGAGAAGGUCUCGCCCACUGCCAUCAAGAAGACUGUUCUGGACAAGGUGAAGCUGGACUCCCCUAUGGGGGCCUCAUCAUCCCCUUCCGGCUGCAUGAAGCUGCUCCCCCGCAGCCUGGCCCCAGCUGGCAAGAAGGAGUGAUUUUGCCUGCUGGCCUGCUCCCCACCCUCUCUCUGGGGCUCAGGUCCUGCCCUGGGGUCUCUGACCCCAGGCCACACAGCACUGUCUCCACAGUGCCACUGCCAGCAACGCUGGUCAGCUUGAGGCUUCCAAGAGAGGUCAGAGCCCGUCAUACCAGGGAGGGGCACCUCUUCCACUGGAAAUCUCCAGGGCCCCUGCCUUAGUCUCCUAUUGCUGCUGUAAUAGAAAUACUGCAGUGGGGAGCUUUGACAAACAGGGGUUUCUUUCUCAUACUUCAGGAAGCUGGAAGUCCAAAUGCAAGGCACUAGCUCUAGGGAAGGCUCGCUCUCUCUGCUGGGUCUGGGGGAAGGGUCUUGUCUCCAUUCAGCCUCUGUUCCAGGGUUCUUUGGUCAUCUUCCCCCAUCUGUGCUUCCUGCUUCUGUGCCUAAUGUGCAUUUUUUUAUCUCAAAAGUGAUUGGUUUAAGACACAUCCUACACUGCUCCAGCCUCAUUAACAUAACAGAAAACCCUGUUCUUGAAUGAGAUUAUGUCCACAGGUAUAAAAAAAACAAAACCCAUUACCCUACAGUCUAUGCCGACUCAUAAACCCACUGCCCUUGAGUUAAUUCUGACUCACAGUGACUGUCGGACAGAGGAGGACUCCCCACAGGGCUUCCAGGGAGCGCCUGCUGGACUCAGACUGAGGACAGCUUGGUUAGCAGCCACUCCGCCACCAGGGUUUCCUUCUGAUUUGUUGUUGCUAUGAACCGUCGAGUCAGUUCCGACUCAUGGCGACCGUGUGCACAAGAGAACGAAACGCUACCCGGUCCUCGCCGUCCUUAAAAUUGUUGUUACACUUGAGCCCAUUGUUGCAGCCACUGUGUCAGUCCACCUUGUUGAGGAUCUUCCUCUUUUCUGCUGACGCUGUACUUUUACCAAGCAUGAUGUCCUUCUCCAGGGACUGAUUCCUCCGGACAACAUAUUCAAAGUAUAUAAGACACAGUCUCGCCAUCCUUCGUUCUAAGGAGCAUUCUGGUUGUACUUUUUCCAUGACAAAUUUGUUCAUUCUUUUGGCAGUCCAUGGUAUAUUCAAUAUUCUUUAACAACACCACAAUUCAAAGGUGUCAAUUCUUCUGUUGUCCUUAUUCAUUGUCUGGCUUUCACAUGCAUAUGAUGCAAUUGAAAAUACCACGGCUUGUGUCAGGUGCACCUUAGUCUUCAAGGUGACAUCUUUGCUUUUCAGCACUUUCAAGAGGUCUUUUGCAGCAGACUUGCCCAAUGCAAUUGUCUUUUGAUUUCUUGUCUGCUGCUUCCAUGGGUCUUGAUUGCGGAUCCAAGUAAAAUGAAAUCUUUGACAACUUCAGUCUUUUCUCUGUUUAUCCUGAUGUUGCUCGUUGGUCCGGUUGUGAGGAUGUUUGUUUGUUUAUGUUGAGGUGUAAUCCAUACUGAAGGCUGUGGUCUUUGAUCUUCAUCAUUAAGUGCUACAAGUCCUCUGCCCUUUUAUCAAGCAAGGUUGUCAUUUGCGUAUGCCAGGUUGUUAAUGUCUUUCUCCAAUCCUGAUGCUCUGUUCUUUUUCAUAUAGUCCAGCUUCUUGGAUUAUUUGCUCCGCAUUCAGCUUGAAUAGGUAUGGUGAAAGGAUACAACCCUGAUGGACACCCUUCCUGACUUUAAAUGACUCAUAGGGACCCUAAUAGAGUAGAACUUCCUCACAGAGUUUCCAAGGAGCAACUGGUGGAUUAGAACUGCUAACCUUUUGGUUAGGAGCUGAGCUCUUAACUACCGUGCCACAGAGGUCAGAAUUCCAACAUAUAUUUUGGGGGGACACAGUUCAAUCCAUAACAGACCCCAUGUACCACCCAGCCCAAAGAGGGGGAUGGUUUCUCUGACCUAAGCUUCCCUCCUCCACCUGAAACCAAGAUGGGACCACCUCCCUGCUCAGCUCAGAGUCCUGGGGGGUCUUUGCUCCUCCACAGUGUCAGUCAGCUGGGGGCUUGGCACCUUCCUGAUCACAAAGGUCGAGGCCUCCUCUGAAGGCUCAGCCAAUGAAGAAGGCAAUCCAACUUCUGCCUCCUCGCCGCCUUCUACUGUGGGAGACCACUGGGUGCUGGCUCCCCUUCUGACUCAGCUCCCAUGUUGAAGCCAUCACUUUCUGCUACCUGUAGGUCCAAUAAACUUUCCCAGCUCCCA